AUGGUGGGCUUCACGUUAAAGGCGUGCAUAUGUAUUUAUGCUCAACUCUGCUUGACAGCACAAGCAGCCAAUCCUAAUCGUGGAAACAACAAGACAUCCAACACUAUUCUUUUCACAUAUUUGACUCAGACUGGAGUUCCAGUAACUGAUCAAGCAUUUGCUGGAAUGCAUAUGGCUGUGGGGGAAAUCAACUCAAAUGCUAGUAUUUUGCAAGAUGUGAAUAUUAUUUUGAACAAAAGCGUCAUACCUGAUGCCACUAUUGCACCAGCAAGCGUAUUCGAUUUUGGAGUGUCAAUAUGCACGCCUAAUCAGCCGGUUUUAAUAGGUUCUAAUUUGCAGGACAUUACGAUGGAGUUGGUUAUGCAAGCCUGUCCCAAAGCUCUUGCAUUUUCAAUUAUUGCUGGAGCAGAUGCACUCAGUGACAAAACCAUCUAUCCGAAAUUUUGGAGAUACGUGACAACCUGGGGCCAAAGGAUCAAAGCACAGGCUGCCCAUUAUGUCUAUUAUGGAUGGACACAGAUCGGCAUGAUUUCAUCCAUCGACGUUUCAUUUACUGAAGAUAUAUGCACUCAGUACUUUCCAACCCAGGGAGUUGACAUUUCCGCAUCUACCCGAUUCUCAAAGUAUAAUCCAGCAGUAUCGCAAUAUUACUAUACUCAGCUAAAAGAUUCGUUUCAAUUUCUCAAAUCAUCCAAUUUAAGAGUGUUUCUUAUCAAUGCAGAGAGUCAUUAUCUGAUUGAUGUUAUGAUGGCGGCUAAUAGAACGGGUAUAUGGGGUCGAGAUUAUGUUUGGACAACAACUCAGGCAUCCAUUGCAUAUCAACAGGGUGCUUCUAGUCGUUGGGAUACACCACUAAACCCUCAAGUUCUACGUGGUCUCACCUUGCUCACCAACAAAAAAGGUCCAUACCUCAAUGAAUCCUUUAUACAACAAUUUAUGGUUAAUUUCAAGGCAUUCAUCAACUACACGUUGACCAACGAGCAGUAUCUUUACAGCACACUAAACUUUUCACAAACAAACCCAGCUGUGCAAAAUUACCCACCAAAUACAUUCUAUGCUGAUCCUGGAACCCAUACAUAUCCUUUAUCCUAUCUGACAGAAAGCUACGAUGGAGCAUACACGCUUGCACAUACUUGCGAGCAAGCGAUUGUUGAACAAGGCGUAACUGGUGUCGAACUGGCUGGUGGUUUAGUGGAUGGAAACAUUACCAUCAGUAAAAUUGUAAAUCAAAUCAUGUCCAACCCAACAGUUAGCGAAUUUAUUGGAUUUACACCAAAAGGCGACCCAAGCGUUGAAAUAUUAAUCAUGUAUCAAUUACUUGGAACUAGUUUUCAUACGACUAUCCCGGUGGGAGUAUUCAAUCAAAUUUCCCCAAAUAGUGACGUUCAUACUUUCACACCAAAUACCUCGGCAUAUUUUUGGUCGGGCGAUCGCGCAUAUAGUGAUACUCCUGCCGCCUUCCCGCCAGCAUACCAAGACUUUGUAUCUUCAACCAAUUUAAUUACCGAUAUCAUGCUAGGGCUAUCUGGACUAUGGUCGGUAUAUUUCGGAUUGUCAGCGGUGCUCUACUUAUUUAUUAAACAAACGGUCCCGUUGAAUUUUUUUAUUUCAAUUGGGCUGGCAAUAAUUCCACUCAACGCGUUUACUAUUAUCGGUCAAGACAAACCUUUGGGAUGUGCAUUGCGUAUUUGGCCAGUCCCACUCGGACUUACCAUAAUCCUGUCAUGCAUUUUAUCCAAGAGUGCACAACUUCAGGCUAUUUUUUCCUUGUCAAGGAGCACCUUUGCUUGCAUUUUGACAUCAUUCAAAGGAAGGCAUGCUAUUUUUUUGCCGUUAAUUGUUGUUAUCCCUGUCAUGCUGCUUCUUGGAGUUACUUCGGUAAUGUUCCCAUUUGUUAGCAACAGUGUAUAUGUUCCAGACACAUCGGGAUACACGUGGGUUUGUGUUCCAUCAACAAUGCAGACAUCAUUGAUAUUAUAUAUCAUAAUUACCGCUAUAGUAGUCAUGUCCAUCUCGAUUGUCGUACUAGGAUAUCUUAAUCGAAAUCUUCCUCAGCAGUUCAACGACACCCACCAAACUGCUGCAUCCAUCAUUAUUAUUCUUGUUUUGGGUGCAUUAUGUCUUGGCCAAGGCUACACAACCCAAUCCAUUCAACUGCAAUUCUAUUUCGAGGUGGUAUCGUCCCUGGUUGGAACAACGGUAGUGCACGCGUUCAUCGUUGAACGGCCGCUGAUGAAAUAUAUUUGGGUGGCAGCGUUCAAACGUUACACUAUGUUUAAAAAACGUAACCAUCAUAAAAGUGCGACAAAGUCGCGAAAACAAAAAUCGAGAGAAAUGCUAGAAAACACAAGUGAUUUGAAAUCAUAUCAAUCUUAUAGUACCGACUCUUCUGAUUACUCGUUGAUUGUUAAAGUUGAUGAACCCAUAUCAAAACUAAGCACUAAAGAUGUGCAUAUAUAUCACAAGCUUUCCUAUUCCGUGUUUCAAGGAUAUAUACUUAAUGACUCGGUGUUUCCCAGAUGGCUAAAAGUACAAUUUAAUGUACUAAAUGACCCAAUCAUGGUAGUCAAGUGCAUACCUUUUAUCAACACAAAUACAUCACAAUAUAUCCAACUCUCUCAGUUGCUCGAGAUUGAAAGUUAUAAAGUCUAUUCGAAUGGCAUGAAAAAUAUCUGUGUAAUGAGACUUUUGGAUAAUACUUUAUUUAUCCAGUUCUCCAGCACAUUUGCAUUACAAGAGUGGACAAACUAUAUAGCCAGAUGUGUUUUGAAGAAAUGGGCAGCUCAACAGCUUAUAACCAUGGAAGGAAAAGCCAUUCAACAUGCAAUCUUUUCACGUAAAAAGCAAGCUAGUUAG